ACUCUCAUCAUAACAACACGUCUCGUCUCAUACUUCAUACAAAGUCUGAAAAACUUUCACAAGAACAAAGAUCACGCCCCAACUUCCGGACACAGUUUGAGGCUUGAUCACUUCCCUCGUUUUGGGUGCACCAACUUCCGUGAGUUGAUUUCGUUCCCGCCAAAAAAUGGCGGCGGCGGCGUUGGCGGGAGAUGACCUGUCGAGGCAGUCGAGUAGCCGGAGGAGCUGGCGGUCGACGAGUGUCCGGGAAUUAUGGAACGCGCCGGACGUGUUCCAGCGGAGCGUCCGGCAGAUGGACGAGGAGGAGGAGCUCAAGUGGGCAGCCAUAGAGAGGUUGCCGACUUACGAUAGGAUGAGGAAAGGGAUGUUGAGGAAUGUUAUGAGCAAUGGAAGGGUUGUGGCUGAAGAAGUCGACGUUGUGAAUCUUGGGGAUUCAGAGAAGAAGCGGUUGAUGGAGAGCAUACUUAAGGUUAUUGAGGAGGACAAUGAGAAGUUCUUGAAGAAGCUCAGAGCUAGAAAUGACAGGGUUGGUAUCGAUAUUCCUAGAGUUGAGGUUCGAUUCCAAAAUCUAAAAAUAGAGGGAGAUGCAUUUGUUGGCACCAGAGCACUUCCGACUCUAUGGAAUUCCACCUUGAACGCAAUAGAGGGAAUACUGGGACUUGUUGGACUUUCACCAUCAAAGAAAAGAAUUGUGAAGAUACUAGAAGAUGUUAGUGGUAUUGUCAAACCAGCAAGGUUGACACUUCUUCUUGGACCUCCGGGAUCAGGAAAAACAACAUUGCUAAAAGCACUUUCUGGCAAACUAGAUAGGGAUCUUAAGGUUGAUGGGAAAGUGACUUACUGCGGCCAUGAAUUUAAUGAAUUUAUACCUCAGAAAACCUCUGCUUAUAUUAGCCAGCAUGAUCUUCAUUAUGGUGAGAUGACAGUUCGUGAAACACUUGAUUUCUCUGGACGUUGCCUAGGAGUUGGAACAAGGUAUGAUAAACUAGCAGAGUUGUCUAGACGGGAGAAAGAUGCAGGUAUUAAACCAGAUCCUGGGAUUGAUGCAUACAUGAAAGCCACAUCUCUGGCAGGACAGGAAACAAGUUUGGUCACAGAUUAUGUUCUCAAGAUUCUUGGAUUGGAUAUCUGUGCUGAUAUUCUGGUGGGUGAUGAAAUGAGAAGGGGAAUAUCUGGUGGACAAAAGAAGCGUGUCACGACUGGAGAGAUGUUAGUUGGACCAGCAAAAGCAUAUUUCAUGGAUGAAAUAUCAACAGGGUUGGAUAGUUCCACAACCUUUCAGAUUGUCAGAUACAUGAGACAGAUGGUUCACAUUAUGGAUGUGUCAAUGGUCAUCUCUCUAUUGCAGCCUGCACCCGAGACAUACGAUCUUUUUGAUGAUGUUAUCCUUCUCUCGGACGGUCAGAUUGUUUAUCAAGGCCCACGUGAGAAUGUCCUCGAGUUCUUUGAAUAUAUGGGAUUCAAAUGCCCUGACAGAAAAGGUGUUGCAGACUUCUUGCAAGAAGUUACCUCAAAGAAGGACCAAGAACAAUACUGGUUCAAGAACCAACCUUACAGAUCAGUCACAGUCUCUGAUUUUGUUCGUGCAUUCAGCUCCUUUCAUGUUGGCCAACGGCUUGGGGAAGAACUAAGAGUCUCUUAUGAUAAAAGACAAGCCCAUCCUGCUGCUUUGGUUAAGGAAAAGUAUGGAAUAUCUAGUAUGGAGCUCUUCAAGGCAUGCUUUGCAAGGGAAUUGCUCCUAAUGAAGCGGAACUCUUUUGUUUACAUAUUCAAAACUGCACAGAUUGCCAUCAUGGCUACAAUUACUUUGACUGUAUUCCUUAGAACAGAAAUGAAAUCAGGGACACAAGCUGAUUCAUCAAAGUAUUGGGGGGCACUAUUUUUCAGUCUCAUUAACAUCAUGUUUAAUGGAAUGACAGAGCUUGCAAUGACAGUUUUCCGGCUUCCAGUGUUCUUUAAACAGAGGGAUGCCUUGUUCUAUCCAGCGUGGGCUUUUGCGUUGCCCAUUUGGGUGACCAGAAUUCCUAUUUCAGUUGUGGAAUCUGCAAUAUGGAUCGGCUUUACCUAUUAUUCCAUAGGAUUUGCACCUGAUGCCAGUAGGUUCUUCAAACAGUUAUUGGCUUAUAUUUGGAUAAGUCAGAUGGCACUCUCCCUCUUCCGUUUUAUUGCAGCUCUUGGAAGAACACCUGUGGUUGCUAACACAAUAGGUUCAUUUGUCCUGCUACUUGUAUUUGUGCUUGGAGGUUAUAUUGUUGCUAAAGAUGACAUCCAGUCAUGGAUGAUAUGGGGCUACUAUAUCUCACCUAUGAUGUAUGGACAGAAUGCAAUUGCUAUUAAUGAAUUUCUUGAUGAUAGAUGGGGCGGCCCACCAAUCAACUCCACUCAGCCCACUGUGGGGAAAGCCCUUCUCAGGCAAAGAGGCCUGUACACUACAGAAUCUUGGUAUUGGAUUUGUAUUGGAGCGCUCGUCGGGUUUUCUCUUCUCUUCAAUCUGAUGUUCAUUGCAGCAUUGACCUACUUGAACCCUCUUGGCGACAACAAAACUCUACUUGGGGAGGAUGACUCUGAAAACAAGAGGAGGCCACGAUUGACAGAAGGAAUUGAUAUGCAAGUGAGAAAUGCUGAAGGAAGUUCAAACGUACAAGCCAAGAGAGGAAUGGUGUUACCCUUCCAGCCACUUUCUCUCGCUUUCAGCCAUGUUAACUACUAUGUGGAUAUGCCUGCGGAGAUGAAGACCCAAGGUGUUGAAGAGGACCGACUGCAACUACUAAGAGAUGUCAAUGGGGCAUUCAGGCCAGGGGUUCUCACUGCUUUAGUCGGUGUUAGUGGUGCUGGAAAAACUACUUUGAUGGAUGUCUUAGCUGGAAGAAAAACUGGUGGUUAUAUCGAAGGAAAUAUUAGCAUCUCUGGAUACCCAAAAAACCAAACUACAUUUGCUCGGGUUAGCGGUUAUUGUGAACAGAACGACAUUCAUUCUCCAUAUGUUACUGUUUAUGAAUCUCUGCUAUACUCUGCCUGGCUACGUCUUACUAAGGAUGUCGACAAAACCAAAAGAAAGAUGUUUGUUGAUGAAGUUAUGGACUUGGUGGAGCUUAACCCCUUGAGGAAUGCUUUAGUUGGACUACCAGGAGUGGACGGACUUUCAACUGAACAAAGAAAGAGGCUAACCAUUGCUGUAGAAUUGGUUGCUAAUCCUUCCAUUAUCUUUAUGGAUGAGCCAACAUCAGGGCUUGAUGCCAGAGCAGCUGCAAUUGUUAUGCGUACUGUAAGAAACACAGUCGAUACAGGACGUACCGUAGUCUGCACUAUUCACCAACCUAGCAUUGACAUUUUUGAAGCUUUUGAUGAGCUUUUCUUAAUGAAAAGAGGAGGACAAGUGAUUUAUGCUGGACCUCUUGGUGACCGGUCUCACAAGCUUGUUGAAUAUUUUGAGGCCAUUCCAGGAGUUCCAAAGAUCAAAGACGGCUUCAACCCUGCUACAUGGAUGUUAGACGUCAGUUCUGCUGCAGUUGAGGCUCAUAAUAACAUUGAUUUUGCCGAAGUAUAUGCGAACUCUGAGCUGUAUAGGAGCGUUCAAGAACUUAUUAAGGAAUUGAGCACUCCACUCCCUGGCUCCAAGGACCUUUACUUCCCCACCAAAUAUUCACAAAGCUUCCCAACUCAAUGCAAGGCUUGCUUUUGGAAACAACACUGGUCAUACUGGAGGAACUCGCAAUACAAUGCCAUCAGGUUUUUCACCACAAUAGUCAUCGGCGCACUUUUUGGUAUCAUCUUCUGGAACAAAGGAGACGUGCUAGAAAAAGAACAAGAUAUUAUUAACCUUAUGGGAGCAACCUAUGCUGCUGUUCUUUUCCUUGGAGCGGGCAAUGGUCAUUCUGUGCAAUCUGUGGUUUCGAUUGAGAGAACAGUUUUCUACCGAGAAAGAGCAGCAGGAAUGUAUUCAGAGUUGCCUUAUGCAUUUGCUCAGGUGGCCAUUGAGACAAUUUAUGUUGCUAUACAAUCCUUCAUAUAUUGCCUUCUGCUAUUUUUUAUGAUCGGCUACAAAUUCAAAAUUGAGAAGUUCUUGUACUUCUACUACUUCACAUGCAUGUGUUUUACAUACUUCUCAAUGUAUGGCAUGAUGGUGGUUGCCCUAACUCCUGGCCAUCAAAUCGCGUCAAUUGUAAUGUCCUUCUUCAUGAGUUUCUGGAAUUUGUUCUCUGGUUUCCUCAUCCCUAGACCGUUAAUCCCGAUAUGGUGGAGGUGGUACUACUGGGGUUCUCCAGUUGCUUGGACAAUCUACGGUAUCAUUGGAUCUCAAUUCGGUGAUCGGAGCGAUAGGAGUAUCACAACUGCUGAAGGAUCUGUUACAGUUGAUGAAUACCUUAAGGAGGCUUAUGGCUAUGACCACGACUUCCUCAUACCAGUUGUUGCUGCUCAUGUUGGUUGGGUCCUCCUCUUCUUCUUUGUCUUUGCUUAUGGUAUCAAGUACCUUAACUUCCAGAGGAGAUGAUCAAGCACCCUCAUUGUGCUUCGAUUCAGCCUUUUCAGGGAUGUUAUAGCAGCAAGUCAGACUGAAAACAACUGCCGGUUAACUUUUUGUUCCUAUUUAUUUGACAAUAUUCAAUAAAAGAAGCCUCGGCAAUGACCGACUUUGAUCUGUAAACAAUGGCAUUCAUAACUGAACCAAGAACCUGAUUGUACCCACAUUUGUGAUUCCCACUACUAGUGGAUGUUUAUAUUGAGGAUUUCAAUUUAAAUCCU